CGUACACUACAUAUUUAGAAUGUUCUUGCGAAAUCGGGAUACAGGGGAGAGACCCCUAUCUAGUUUAGAAGCACAUAUAAGUACACGCGAUUUGAACCCAUUUUAAGACAUACACUGAUACUAAGAUCAGUCAUUAACCAGGAAGGAUAGCCCUAAGAUCCACCCACUUGUCUACCGACCUGUCCAUUCUUCCAGAGCUGAUCAUGAAGUCGAAAUCCGUUCGCUUCGCAAACUCGUCUAACGAGCUGUACGCUUACGACUCCCACCAAGCGCCCUCAUCAAUAACAGCUCGUCCGACCCAGCGCUUCGCCUAUCCUCCCACUCAACCGCAGCCAUCGUGGCAGGCCCAACCUCAUCCCAGUUACGCUGGUCAUCAUUCUCGUUCUCUCAGCAAUACACCAACCAUUCCUCUGCCGGACGUCCAUGAGGAUAGCGUCGCUGAUGGUGACACACCGUGGAAAAUCAGAGUCCAUGAAACACUCCGACCGAGACAUAUAAAUGUCGACCUUUCUACCGACCUUCAUGCAUACAUCCUGACACUCUCUAAUGAGCCUGCAACACAGCCUCGCCUUCAGACACUCAUUCUGGUCUCCAAGUACUUGCCUUGGAGAACUCAUGUUCUUGCUCAGGGUGACUGCGUUUCGGUGCGAGACUUGAUGUCAAGUUUAUAUACCGCAAUGCGUACGCGUGUCACCCAGGAAGAACUGAGGCAAGCAAAGUAUGUUACGGGUGUACAGCAGGCAUUUGCUAGACGUGUGCAGGGUAAAGGACACGAAGAGGCCCGCCGAAAGGGAAUACGCCGGGUGGAUUUUUUGCUCCAGAACACCAGAUUUGUUGGGAUCGCAGAGACGGAUGACCCCAAGGUGUGGGAAAUCCGUCUUGCGCCAACAUCUCAUCGUUAAGCGCUGUCAAUGGGUGCUGUGUGCUGCUGUCGAAGGUAAGUUUGGGGUCCUGUAGCUGUGUUAGUCGUGGGAGAGGCGUGAUUUUAGUUGAUCCGCAUACCUAAGUUAGAUUAUCUGUAACGUUAUCC